AUGAUACCCGACGAAGAUUUAAAUAAAUUAGAAGAAACUCGUAAGAACUUACUAAACAAGGCUAUUGAACUUCGAGAUCAACUGAAGGAAUAUCUUGAGUCCUCUCGGAGUAAAAAUAAAUCAGUUAAUUUAAAUGAAAUAGUUAUGAAGCAAAAACAGAUUCCUACCGAGAACUUGGAUGAAAUGAAAAAUAUAACACAAAUAAAAGAAAUGACACAAACUGUUGUUGGGAUUAACUAUCGAAAUGUUAGUAAAAAAUGGUUAGGAGAUAAAAUUUGGCAAUAUAAAGCUACUGUAGAAAUGAAAGAACUUCAAUUCAAACUUGAAGUAACGAUUGAUCAACAGGAGCCAGGUGUUAAUGAAAUUCUUGACAUAACAUGCCAUUUAAAAGAAACUGAAAUUGGGUAUCUUCAAGAAAUAUCACCAUGGGUAUUAGCUUUGACUAAAAUAAAAAAUCUUUCCUUUCUUAUGUCAGUUUUCAGUGAUUACAGUUACCAAUGUAGUUUAAGAAAAAAAAUUCUGAAAAAAUUGAAGAAUAAGAAUAUAGUAACGAUAGAUAAUGGUCAAGAUGAAAGAGGUGGACUUAUAGCUUGUCUUCAUUCAUCAAAAUCUGCAGACAAAGUUUAUGCUAAAUUUUUAUGGCGAACACAAUUAACUUCUAGAACUGAAACAAUCGAUCACAUAUUUACAAUUGAAGAAAUUGACGAUGGAUUUCUGGAGGCAAAUCAACAGCUGAUGAAAAAUUUGUGCAAAAAACCACUGAAAAAAGAUAAGUUAGAAGAACUAUGGAAUAAUUUAUGUGUAGCUAUUGAGGAAUAUUCUGCAUCAAAAGAAUAA